GUGAUUAGUGUCGGGAGUGUAGAACACGUGUUUUGGGAGGUUUUUUCCACGACAAAAUACUUUCUCCGGGAGGACAGAUAAGAGAGCGCGCAGUACUGGAAACAAUCUGUUCUGCGGUCGCAGAGACAGUUCAGAGUUCUCUUAUUAUAGAGGAUUAUUUUGGAUCGGAAUCCGAGCCAAGGUCGGUCUAGCAGACGCGGCUGUGCGUACCGUUUUUUGUCUCAUUCGUUUUAAUUCUUCUGCUCUGAGUUGAUAGCGGUGUGUUUUGUUCUUUUCCGAAACUCAUAUGGGAAAAAUACUUUUGCCAUUCUCAUGGUUCUGAAGCUGUCUUCUCUCCCCAUGGAGCAGGAUUUUGACUUGAACUCGAUCAUCGAGAGUCCGAAAAGGGAAUUGGACCACCCGUUGCCCAACAGCAUCCCUUGUUGUCAAGAUCCCAGAUAUGCUGAAGAGCAGAUAAAUCAGCAACGGUCAGACAGAAACCAGCCAGUGACGACUACAGAACAGCAAAUUCAACACCAAUUGCAGUUCCAAGGUGUAGAAAUGUUGGGAUCUGUGCCAAGCAGGCGCGCAGUCGUCUUCACAGGUAAUGGUACGGGCGGAUUUUCGCCUGACUGUCAGGGAUUUUCACCCUCACCACCUUCUGGACUCGCUGCAGUACCCACUGAUAUUCAUCCAGUUAUGCAACAAAGUGGAAGAACCUCUCACCUGUUAGAUGAAAGUAUGCAGAUGUGGCUCUCAGGUGCGCAACCUAUAGAUUUAAGUUCAGAGAUGGAGAACUGGCUCAUGCGUCGUAAUGGAGCAUAUGGAGACGUAUUGACCACUGUUGAAGACAAUGCCAUUCAACAGCAGCAGCAGUCAAAGUUAUCUGGAUACUGCGUAGAAACUGGUCCACCUUCAUCGUCUUCAGGUUUCUUCUCAGCCAGUGAUGAUGGUGACUCAAUGGAGGACAUCCCUUGUCGAUCUGGUCGAAACGAGAAACAGCAGUCAAUGAAUCCUGAUCAACUUCUUGAUGAAAGUUCUCUUAUAUCUCUUUCUGUUCGAGAUUUAAAUCGAAGGUUGCACGGCUACCCACGUGAUGUCAUACAAAGAAUUAAGCAAAAACGCCGAACUUUGAAAAACCGCGGAUAUGCACAGAACUGCAGAACUAAACGAAUUGCACUGAAAUGUGAAUUAGAGAGGACGAACCGGUGGCUCAAAACGGAGCUGGAGAGGAUCCUACAGCAGAAAGAAGUUGAAAGACAAGAAAAAGAGAGAGCUUAUCAAGAAAGAGACUAUUACAAACAGCAACUGAAGCAACAGUUGUCAAUGUCUAGUAAUAGAGACUGUUCUGGAUCGUUGUCAUCAGGUUUGUCCAGCAAUAAUGCAAGCAGUCCGAGCUCGCCUGAAUUUUACUUGUGAUUGCAAACAUAACUGAUUUCGUAGGAUCGUAUUCAACAGGUCCAAGCGCAUCGGUUAUUGCAUCGUCUACUUCAAACAGAAAUCUCAUCUCAACGAACAAAAGGGUGAACCCAUUUCAAGUCCACAGCAUCCCCAUAUUAUCUCCAAUCAUGAAGAAAGUGUCGUCAAAAAAUGAAAAGAGUACGCAUCGGUUUACUCUCACGCGAAACGUGUUAAAGAUUGCUUCAGAAAUCGUUUUAUUAUUUUGUUUACAGAGCUAUAAUAACUCUCAUGAACAUCUAAAGUAUUUUUGUGUGCUUUCAAAUGUUCAUUUUAUGAAGAAACAAAAUGACAACCGAAUGAACAGGACAUUUAAGAAAACGUUGGUCAAUUUUUAAACUGACCAUCUGUGAUUGUUGUUGUGUGAUACAUAUGUUUUUCAGUGUAAAUCAAGUGUCGUUGAAGAUCUAAAACUUAUUUACAUACUGUUUUUAAUAUAUGCUGUUUGGAAAUAAGAAACAUUAAAGAAUUUUCAACUCAUUACUGUUCUAAACUGCGGACAAAGGAAAAUUCUUCAACUGUUGUUUAGUUUUGAACAACACCUCAUGUUUAACUUUGACUGUCCUUUUGUUGAAAGUACUUUAUUAAGAUUAAAAUUAUAAGAACUGAAGCAUAUUGAAGAUCAUUUAUGCGUAACUGUUAGCAGAAAAGAAUAUAAUACGUCUAUUUUUGUGCAAUCAAGAAACUAAAUUUGGUUAAGACACAGAAUUAGUAUCGUUCAACAGUGCUGGUGUGUGAAUAGCGUAGAUAUUCAAUAUUAGAAAAGAGAGAAACAAUUAAGCCUUGUUAAUACGGCAUUUCUUAGACUAGCUCUUUUCAAUUAUGGUGUAUAGUAACAAGUAACUGAGAAUGUGUUAUUUGAUUAAUAAGAUGAUUUGUUUAGUUGUUUUCACUUGAUUUCUUUUCUCACUAUAACCUUUGCGAAAUACUCAAACAUUUAAAUCAGGCAUAUGCUGUUGCAAUUAAAAAUAAUUUCCCAUGUCUCUUUAUGUUUGCAUUGUGUCAUGAAAGAUUUUCAACCAUUUUGCUCUUUUUAUGUUUAUAUAUAAUUUUAAAGUUCAAACUCUGUAUGUUUACUACAUUUUAAAAUGCAACUGUUUCAUUUAAAUAAGAUUUCAAUGUAAACUUUACUUUAAUGUUUUGAACAAGGUUUAGUAAAUGCUUUUAUUUUACGAAAAUUAUUUCGUUCUUGAAACACUGUAAGUUAGUGUAAAUGUGUCAUUGCUGGAAAAUUUA